AGUGGACAAGAGACCUAGGCCGGGAGCUCAGGGAGAGCACAGGGCAACCAGAGGCGCGGGGCCCCCAACAUGUUCUCCCGAAACCACCGGAGCCGGGUUACCGUGGCCAGGGGCUCAGCCCUGGAGAUGGAGUUCAAGCGCGGCCGCUUCCGACUUAGCCUCUUCAGCGACCCGCCCGAGGAGCUCAGCCUGAAAACCACGCGUGGGACAGUCGUGGAGAGUUAGGGGCGAGGCCCGGGAACAGGAGGAGGGGCCUGUGAACCCAGCCGCCCCUGGAAUCUGCCAGGCCUUCGGGAGCCCGGAGCCGGGGCGGAGCCGCAGGGCCCAGCAGGCUGCCGCCGAGGAGAGUGUGACUCCGUGGGCCUGGGGUGGAGGGGGGGGGGCACGCUGUAGCUGGUUGGGACUCGAAGCUGGUUUCCUGUCUGGAAGGGAAGGGGCCCGAAGAGGGGAGCGGGGGCAGCAGCAGACAGGCACACCCCUGCCUCGCUCCCUCCCUCUCCUCCCUUCUGCUGGAAAAGCGAGCUGGGAGAACAGCUGCCACCAAAGCAAGACUAGACACUCUGUGCCCAUAGUCCCCUCUGCAGCUGGCCUCCCCUCCCAGACCCCUGCUCAUCCCCACUUCACUUUCCUUUUCUUCCCUCCUGGCUCCCGCCAGGGCUUUGAAACAGUGGUAGGUGAGGAGAUUUUUAUCACAACAGCAAGAGUGUCUAAUAGGAACACAGCGGGAAAGGGGCAGCCUCUCCCUUCUGUCCAAGAGCUGGCCACCUCUCUGAGACAGGGAGCAGUGGGAGGAGUAACUGUAGGACGUCGUGGUGCCACCUGCCCCCCAGGGGUUGCCAAGGGAAAGGGCUCUGGGGGGCACAGAGAUGCAGGACAGAUUGCACAUCCUGGAGGACCUGAAUAUGCUCUACAUUCGGCAGAUGGCACUCAGCCUGGAGGACACGGAGUUGCAGAGGAAACUAGACCAUGAGAUCCGGAUGAGGGAAGGGGCCUGCAAACUGCUGGCAGCCUGCUCUCAACGAGAACAGGCUCUGGAGGUCACCAAGAGCCUGCUGGUAUGCAACAGCCGAAUCCUCAGCUACAUGGGCGAGCUACAGCGGCGCAAGGAGGCCCAGGUGGUGGAGAAGACAGGACGGCGGCCUUCUGACAGCGGGCCGCCCCCUGAGCGCUCCCCAUGCCGCGGCCGGGUCUGCAUCUCCGACCUCCGGAUCCCACUCAUGUGGAAAGACACAGAAUAUUUCAAGAACAAAGGUGACCUGCACCGCUGGGCUGUAUUUCUACUGCUACAGCUAGGGGAACAGAUUGAGGACACAGAGAUGAUUCUGGUGGACAGGACCCUCACAGACAUCUCCUUUCAGAACAGUGUGCUCUUCACUGAGGCGGGGCCAGACUUUGAACUGCGGCUGGAGCUGUAUGGGGCCUGUGUAGAAGAAGAGGGGGCCCUAGCUGGCGCCCCCAAGAGGCUUGCCACCAAACUCAGCAGCUCCCUAGGCCGCUCCUCAGGGAAGCGUGUCCGUGCAUCGAUGGACAGUGCUGGGGGCUCAGGGAGCAGUCCCAUCCUGCUCCCCACUCCUGCUGUGGGGGGUCCUCGUUACCACCUCUUGGCUCAAACCACACUUACCCUGGCAGCAGUGCAAGAUGGGUUCCGCACACAUGACCUCACCCUCACCAGCCAUGAGGAGAACCCUGCCUGGCUGCCACUUUACGGUAGUGUGUGUUGCCGCCUGGCAGCUCAGCCUCUUUGUAUGACUCAGCCCACUGCAAGUGGUACCCUCAGGGUGCAGCAAGCUGGGCAGCUACAAAAUGGGGCACGAGUGCAUGGAGUCCUGAAAGGCACAAACCUCUUCUGUUACCGGCGACGAGAGGACACAGACACUGGGGAAGAGCCGCUGUUAACUAUUGCCAUCAACAAGGCAACUCGAGUCCGGGCAGGAGAGCUGGACCAGGCCCCAGGGCGGCCCUUCACCCUCAGCAUCAGUAACCAGUAUGGGGAUGACGAGGUGAUGCACACCCUUCAGACAGACAGCCAGGAAGCCCUGCAGAGCUGGAGGGAGGCUCUGUGGCAGCUCUUCUUUGACAUGAGCCAGUGGAAGCAGUGCUGUGAUGAAAUCAUGAAAAUUGAAACUCCUGCUCCCCGGAAACCGCCCCAAGCCAUGGCCAAACAGGGCUCCUUGUACCAUGAGAUGGCUAUUGAGCCACUAGAUGACAUCGCAGCGGUGACAGACAUCCUGGCUCAGCGAGAGGGCACAAGGCUGGAGACAUCCCCACCCUGGCUAGCAAUGUUUACAGAUCAGCCUGCCCUGCCUAGCUCCUGCUUGCCUGCCUCAGUGGCCCCAGCCCCUGCCUGGACCCCCCCUCUGCCCUGGGGGCGACCCCGAACCUUUUCCCUGGAUGCUGUCCCCCCAGACCACUCCCCUGGGGCUUCUUGCUCGGUUGCCCCCCUCCCCCCACAUCAAUCCUCAAGUUCUAGAGGCCUCUGCAGCAAAAGUCCUCUCCGUACUUGGCUCCAGUCACCAGUGUGAGGGACAAAGGCACUGGCAACAGGAUGUGGCCAGAAAAGAAAAUGAUCCAUGUGCAAUCAGGCUCUGGAUAUGGCGCUAUCUAUAGCAAGUCGGCCAGCUUAGCCUCCUCUUCCUCUGCUGGACUGGGUAGGCUGGGGAAGCGGAACAGAUGCCCUUCUUAAGUUGUGGUUACCAUGGUACUGAGCAGUUUAUUCCCAGAGCUAGCUGGGACUCCCCAAACACUUCCUGGGAGAAAACUGGAACCCUUCCUUACCUCCCUGCACUAACCAGCUUUGAAGAUGGCACUGAAGAGCUCUGGGAGAGGGCACACCUCCCUUGUGACUCCUAUAUAAACCAUUAAAGUUAUUUAACA